CCUUACAAAAAGAAAGAUUAGCCCCCCACUUCCGUCGACAUUGUGGCUGGUGCUCCUUCUUUUUAUUCCCGCUGCUCGGCUCGUCCGCGACUUGAAUCUCGUGAAACCUUUGGCCAAAGUGCAACGUUACAGAGGCGACUGACGGCGACGGUACCAUCGCCGGCGCCGAACUGUGGCACUGCCGGCAGCGGGCCUAUCCCUCGCCACUCGCUCAAUCAUGAUCUUGCUAUCGCUCGGAGACGCAAUUCCGAACUUGCCUUCAUGUGGCCGAACGCUCGGCUCAGCUCCAACCAAGCAGCGGACACGAUGACCAACUGGGGCAUCAAUACUACAGUGCCCACGUCGACCGGCAAAACCCCAUCUCCGUACACUACUACACCGCCGGCCUACGCUGGCAGCACCAGUCCUAGCAGUGGAGAGGACACCCCCACCACGUCGGACAAGCGUGUCGGAACCGUUCCGACCGGCACGACUCCGACCACGUCCGGAAUCAAUUCGAUGUGGCUCAACUGGAAGAAUCCGAACACCGUCUUGGACCUGUGCACCGAGUCCGAGAGCGGUUCGGCGCUUGAAAUGCGUCGCCAAAAGAACCGCGAGUCCAUGCGUCGCUCUCGUCAGCGUCAGCGAGACCAACUGCAGCUGCUACGUGACGCCGUAGCCGAGCUGGAAGAGCAGUACAAGUCGCUUCGACUGCGUUCCGAUUCUUCGGAUCAGUUUCCGAACGCCAAUUUCGAAAGCAACCGGAAAUACGCCCAAGCGGUCGAACUGUCUAAGCAGUUAGGCGCCGAGAACCUGUACCUCAAGGCGUCCAUCCAGUACCAGGCGUCCUGGAAACUGGAGCUCCGACGAGUCAUGGAGACGACCGUGGCGCUGGACGAGUUCACGGCUUCAGCGUCGGCACCGCCCUCGCCGUUCCCGUUUAAACUGGAAAUUAUGACGGAACAGGAAGCCGAGUCAGUGUUCGGCUUCCACCCAUUGACCGAACGGGACGUAAAGGAUACUAUCCUGCAAAAUACAAAGACUAUUAAGCGUGUACAGCAUCAAUUGCUGGACAAUAGCAGUCACGACCGCACCGGCAACAACAGCGACACCGACGUCGCCGAGGAAGAGGUUGCCGGCAAGGUGUUAGGAGGGCCGAUCGACCGUUCGGAACUCUUCGGAUGGGAUCUGCGACGACGCGUCCGUGGCAGCGACAUGGAGUUCGUCUUCACCAAGCGGUUCAAGAAAUUGUCCGUGCCGGAGCUCAUGCAAAAGGCCUGGGUGAAUGAAAUGUGCUUGAAAGGCGCUCAGAUGGUCAAAUACGACGUCCAGCGGCUGGAAAUGUUGCAAGAAGUCAACACGAACGCCUACGUGCUCGGCCGAGACGUCCGGUCGCCUGACGAGACCCCCGUAUUCCGCACGACGCUCUUGCGAUACCGCAUGGAGACGACCGGCGACGUGCCGUCCAACAACUCGUCCCUAUUGACUGAAGACGAGCGCCAAUUAGACUCAGAUCUAAGCGCGACCGGCUUCGUCAUCGGCACGCAAAGUCUCAAUCCGGCUGAUAAUUCCGGCGCGAAAUUGCUGCCGGAACGUGCCGGCAUCGAACCGUCGGCACGUCUGGUGUGGGCGGAGCUGGCGCAUUCCAUCGAGAUGCUGCAAGUGUCCGACCGCGUCACUGGAGAAGACAAGUACGUGCAGGUACGGUGGGCUGGCAAGAACAACUACGGCACGCCGUUCGACGCGCACCGCAACGCCGCCGACAUGGUGACGACGCUCAUGCGCUGGGAGCUGGGCACGAUCGCGCCGGCCAUCCAGCUGAUUCCGAAUUCCGAUCCGGAACCGACGAACUCGAACCAGAGUCCGUAAGUGACCGUAAUUUAUGCGUAAGAAAGUCGUAAGUGGAAGCCGCUCUUUUGGAUAAUGAAAGUGAAAAGUGAACGUCCUACAUAAGCGAUAGACCUUCGGACAAGCUGAGUAGCUACAUGUAAGCUUCUUCAACCACAGCGCUUUGCAGGCUCGACACCAUCAGUGG